AUGGAGCUUCUAGCUAGCAAUACACUCACUGCCUUAAAAAGCACUGCACCUAUUGACACCAAGCUUAAGCAUUUGACAGAACUCAAGGCCGAGAUCAAGCACCGUCACUGUCCUGAACAUGCUGUCGCACCACUCUUUGAUGCUAUUCGCAUCUCCCUUGCUACACCACACCUCACCGAUGCCGGGUUCUCCAUACUCGGUCAUCUCAUGAAACGUUUAGAGUUGCAGGACCAGGACUCGCUUCUCCAAGCACAAGGGAUCAGAACUUACCCGUGUCUACUCGAGCGCCUGGCAGAUCAAAAAGAUCGCAUUCGACAAAGGGCGCUGCAAGCAUUCACUGACUUUCAUUCCGUUUCUGCACCGGAUGUCGAGCAAUAUGUGCGCGACCAUGUCUUGACCAAUAGACACCCGAAGACGAAAGAAGCUGGGAUGCAAUGGAUAAUUAGCAUCCGCACAGAAAAGAACAUACCCUUUCGAACCUUUGUGCCCAAUAUUGUGGACUGUCUUGAAGAGGCUGAUGGAAGCGUUCGACGGACCGCACAGUCUACAAUCAUUGAACUGUUCCAAAAUGCUGGAAUCAAGGGAACCAACGACCUGCAGAAGCAUCUUCAACAGCGCAAUGUCCGGAGAUCAAUUGUUGACCACAUCUUAUCCGAGCUUGGACUUACUGCUCAUGAGGAAAUCGAAUCUGCCCCGCCAACACAGGCGCGAAUUGGUGAGCUUCCGAGACAGACACACUUUCUUGGCAGUAGUACCGCAAGCGACCCCCCGCUUGAUGCGCCGCCAAUGUCGGUAUCUGAGCAAGAAGCCGUACAUUUGGAUCCCUUGUACAUCGAAAGCCACAGAGAUCUUGAAGAAACGUUCCGUGAGAUGCAUCCAUACUUCGAGGGCAAGGAGUCUGAGCAGAAUUGGCUCAAGCGAGAGAAGAGCAUAUUGAAAUUGAGAAAAAUAACAAAAGGCAAUGGACUUCAAGACUUCACCACAGUUUACCUUGCCGGCAUCAAGGGACUCCUCGACGGUAUUCUGAAGACUGUCAAUUCCUUAAGAACAACCGUAUCCGCCAUUGGCUGCCAUUUGGUACAAGACUUGGCCCGAGUCGCCGGGCCUGGUCUUGAUAGCAUGGUUGAAAUCCUACUUCAGAAUUUGAUCAAGCUUUGUGCGAAUACAAAGAAGAUCACAGCAGCUAAAGGCAAUGACACGGUCUCCGCCAUCAUGGCCAAUGUGACUUUUAACAGUCGACUCACCCAACAUAUUUACAGCGCUUGCCAGGACAAGAACGUGCAACCUAGAAGUUAUGCGUGUGGAUGGCUCAAAAUCAUCAUCAACAAACACGGACACCAUAAGCAUGUCAUUGAGCACGCCGGAGGGCUUGAAUGGAUUGAGAAGUGUCUGAGAGCUGGUCUCGGAGACCGGGACCUAAAAGUCCGUGAGAGCAUGCGAUCAACGUACUGGGCAUUCGCCCGUCUUUGGCCGGAAAGAUCUGAAGUCAUCAUGUCCACUCUCGACAAGAAACAACAAGAUUUGUUGAUAGAAGAUCCUUCAAACCCGAACCCUCACAAGAUACCGGCACCGCACACUACUGUAGCUGGUGCUAAGCCCGGGUUCUCUCAUAGCACGACCUCAGUACCAGCUAAACCUUCGAUCAAGGAGACCAUUGCGGCACAAAAGAAAGCAAAGCUAGCAGGCAAACAUCUUCCCGAACGCCCUGGGUCGGCCGAACCCUUUGGAUCACCCAAGAAAUCUGUCCUACAGCCUAGUCUGGCUAGACCGGCAACUGCCAUGUCUGCAGCCACCCGAAAUGUGUCUACAACAUCGAUUGGUACAUUAUCCUCCGCACCAGUGCGCCCACGACGGAGAGCAGAUGUAGCUCGCCCGGCUACCGCAGAUCCCUAUUCUACCAGGAAACCCGCGAGAACGGAAACACCACCAAGAAGUCCUGCGGUGAGCCCUGUCAAGAGACCAAAGACCCCCGCAAACACCGCAAGUACGAUUAAGUUGGGUCCUACGAAGGUUGGUAGCCCUGCUAGUACCAGCUCCGUCAAGGCGAAUUCAUCAAAGAAAGCUGGCAUAGUCAAUUUGAAAGUCCAGCCCCAGCAUAGUCCUACGAAAGCUGCAGAAAAUUUCACCAUGGUUAUGCCCAAUAUGAAUGAGACGAAGUCGGACGCCAGCGACUUCUUGCCUUCACUCAAAGCACCUAUUGAGAUCAAGUCUACUUCCUCACUAGAUAUACCACCUACGGGAGAUCCAUUCAUGCCUACGGAGUCCGAGAACGCUCGAUCAUCCCCGAGUCCAAGGAAGUAUCUCAACCAGAACGGUUCCGCUUCAUCGAUCAAUGGCCAUGGAGGUGACAAGUCCCACACGAGUCCCACAAAGCUAGCCAACGACUUUGAUCAUCUAUCAAUGAACGGGGCCAGUAGCCAAAGAAUAUCGAUGAGCCCAAGAGCUAUUGGAUCGAGGAAAGAAAAUCUGACCAUGAAAACCUCCUAUUUCCAGGAACAACGGCCGCUCCAGGUCUAUGAAGAUCCUGUGCUUGACCCCAGCGAUGGCAAAUUAUCCCUUCCGCCAUUAGUCCACACGCCAGGUGCCCUUGAAGAACUUCCAGUGAACGAGCCUGCAAAACAGCAUCGCCAGGUAUUUGAUCAUCAACUCUUAGCGGAGGAGCCCGCUAGUCCCGAAUACCACGAGAAGUGGUUGGCUAUUGAGGCAGCGGAGAGACAACGUAUUAGCAAUUCGGAAAACAUUGAUAAUCCCCGGCUUGCACGCAAGAUCUUAGACAGCGGAAUCGUCCGCGUCCAGUCAAGGAGCUUGGAUGUUCACGGAUUUCGCAAGCUUCAGGCGCUGAUUCGCACCUCGGGAGAGUCAAUCUGGGAAGGCGGCUACAAAUUUGACGAGCUAAUCCUCCCACUCCUCGAAUACCUCGAGACACCAAAUGACGAAUCAACACCUCGCACAGGCAAAGCGCAGGAUUUGAAGACGCAGGUACUGGUUACGGUACGAGUUUUGCUGCAACAUCAGCCGAAAUACUUCUUCACCUACCAUCCGCGCGCACUUACCGCUGUCCUUGCUGCUCGCAAGCAUUACAGCAGCACAUCCCAUAUUGUUUGCGGUCUCGAAGAAACCGCUGAGUCCAUCGUCUAUCAGUGUGACCCGUCUCCCUGCAUUGAUUCUGUUCUGGAUCUUCUAGAGACCGAACGUCCCGAAGGCGCUGAGACUAAUACCAUUCUCAUGGGAUUGUAUGUCCUGGCCGGCUUAUUACACCGUGGUCAAGAGAAAGGAACUCGCCUUCAUCUGAGUGAGGAACAAGAAGAGAGACUAGGCUGGAUGGGUGCGAGAUGUUUGUCAGAUACGAAUCCUGAUAUACGACGCGCUGUAAUCGAAUUCGUGCUCGAAUUAUACGAUACCGUGGAUCAAAAAAGAUUUUGGGGCCUUGUGACGGGUGCGAAGGAAGAUCAUCGCAGCUUGAUCACUUACUAUUUGGCGAGAAAGAGGGCUGUUAUGCAGUAA